AUGCUCGGUGAACGGGCUUGGUUCCUGCCCUAUGACCCUUCAUUACCACCUAUUCAUGUCUGUGAAGCAGCAUGCACGGCAUUCGCUACCAGACUCCGAAAGGUUCUUACCAAGAGCGAGACCACUUCUCACAUGCCUCGGACACAAUAUACGCCAGAAGCCACAUUGAUGAAAAUACGAAAUCCCGCAACAAAAUGGCCGAGCCUACCUAAGGCUCGCCUGUUGGUUCAGAUUGUGUUCAGUCAGGUGACACGGGUGUAUCAUUUGGUUCUUCGCAAGUCGACUAUUGACCAGCUUGAAGAAGCCUAUCGGGACGAAAACUUUGAGGAUCCCGUAUUGACAUGUAAAUUCUUUGCUAUCUUCGCUCUUGGAGAGGUAUAUUCUGCACGAUCAACCCCGAGCCUUGAAUGCAAUGUCCCUGGCGUAGCAUAUUAUGUCAAUGCGAUGACGAUGAUACCCAUAUUGCCGGAACGACCAAGCCUGGCACACAUUGAAACCCUUUUACUUUUGUCACUAUAUUCAUUUUUCUUGAACCGACGCCAUUCGGCAUUUCUGUUGGUCGGCAGCGCUAUGCGUCUAGGCUUGACUGUGGGUCUGAACCACAAUAUCCCAGAAAGCAAGUGCCCAGAUCCUGUGCAGCGUGAGCAUCGCACCAGGCUAUGGUGGGCAAUAUAUGUAUUUGAUCGAAUGUAUGGCUCGAAGGUCGGCUGGCCGAUUCAAAUUUCCGACGCGGACAUCUACGUUGACAUGCCAUCAAAUGUGCCUGGUGAUAUCCACAAUGAUCAUACCUCCGACACGGAAUUCCUCAUUGCCAGUAUUGAGUUGGCCAAGAUCACGGGUCAGGUCAUCGACCGUGUAUACAGCCGAAAAAGGUUCCCGGAGUCUUUUUUGCAGCGGGAGCAAAAGUUGCUCAUCUCACUCAAGGAGUGGAGUUGUGCUCUUCCCCCACAGAUUCGUCUCAACCGUGACGGUCCUGUUCCAAUGAAUGUUAUAUCUCUUCAUCUUCAAUUCAACCAAUGUAUAAUGCUAGCCAGUCGGCCGAUUCUUCUGCACGCGCUGAUCCAAGCUACAUCCCCAGAGUCUGUUGCAGAGGAUAGCGCCCAGACGAACAUCCGCCAGACUCUAAAAACACUCAGCGAUGCGUGUAUUCACGCUGCAAGACAUACCCACUCGUUGAUUGUGGAAGAAUGGACCAACGGAUCUGUUCCAAUCUUCGGAUAUUUCUAUGCUCACUAUCUCUUCUCAUCGGCACUGAUAAUGGUCAUUUCUAGUCUGGUAUACCCCGAGAAUAGCAACGACUUUGCGUUGUUCGAGGCAGCUUUCGAAAUUCUCCGGGCGAUGAGCAGCCAUGGAAAUCUUGCUGCAACCGAAUUUUUUGAUAAUUUAGAAUGCGUAAAGCAGUGUUUGGAUGAGAUGAGAGGGCCAGAAGGUGGUAAUUUCCACAGCGAUGUAUCUCGAGCUGCAGAGAGCUCGACGGAAUCUCUUGCUGUCAUUGCCCCUAACCAGCUGGGCCUUUUUGGGAAUACCACUGCCUCUGGUAUUUCCGAAGCCACCGUUGCGACAAACCAUGCAAAUGACAUGGCCUUCCUAGGAGAGAGCAUGGAAGAGUUCCUAGCCCAGCCAGACGUCGAUUUCUUGCUCGAUCCCUCUCUUACCGAUACUGUAUACUCGUGGCCAAACCUUUCGUUGUGGACUGCAUGA